CAUGCCACCAUUCCAGCGAAUUGAAAUCGCAGUGUACUGAUCUGGGGUCGCAGUCGCUGUGAAUCGCUUUAUGUUCUGUUUACAGCAUACUUCUCGGAUUUAUUAGAUACCCUCUCUUUUCGCAAAAUGGUCCGUUCAUAUAGCAAGUACGAGCAGACCGAUGCCUUUGGCGUGGUCGCCUCGGCCACAUCCAACAUUGUCUGGACUUCUGAAGGAGUCACCCAACCGGGAUCUAGCCGUCCAGCCGGAUCGGGUCGCGCAUACGCUGCUGCAAACGAAGAGGUCUUAUGUUGGGAUGUCAAGAAAGGCGAACUUUUGAGCAGAUGGCGGGAUUCCUCGUGCACAGAAGAGGUCACUGUACUAUGUCGGAGCGAAGUUGACCCUGAUGUGUUCGCCGUCGGUUAUGCGGACGGUAGCAUCCGCAUCUGGGACUCAAGGACGGCGACUGUCAUCCUCAGCUUCAACGGCCACAAGUCCGCCGUUACUACACUCGCCUUCGAUCAAUCCGGCGUUCGUUUAGCAAGCGGAUCAAAGGACACAGACAUUGUAAUCUGGGAUUUGGUUUCUGAAGCGGGGCUCUUCAAGCUCCGUGGUCACAAAGGGCAAAUAACUGGGCUUCAUUUCUUGCAUCCAGGGAAGGAGGCUGGAGAAGAGGGAGUCAACGGCGCCGGAGUCGAUUCUGAGACAGACCAGGCUUUUCUCCUCUCAACGAGCAAGGAUUCAUUAAUCAAGAUCUGGGAUGUCAACACGCAGCAUUGCAUAGAGACACAUAUCGCCCAGUCCAAUGGAGAAUGCUGGGCGCUAGGUGUAGCAGAUGAUGGAAGCGGCUGCAUAACUGCUGGCAAUGAUGGAGAGCUGAAAGUUUGGGGUAUUGACCUGGCCGGUUUAAGAAGAGCGGGAGCUUCCAUUGGCGAAGGCGAAGGGCGAUACCUGCACGAGCGAGGAAUACUGUACCGGCAGGGUAAAGACAGGACACUCGAGAUCUCCUUCAACGCCCACUCGGACUAUAUCGCUGUACACGGUUCGGAAAAAUCAGUGGAACUCUGGAGAAUAAGGUCGGAGGGAGAAAUACAGAAAGCGCUUGCUAGAAAGAGGAAGAGGAGACGCGAGAAAGCGAAGAGCGAAGGUCAAGAACUGGCUGAAGAAAAGGAAUCGGCAGAGAAGGUCAACAUAGCGGAUGCCGAGAUAACCGACGUCAUAGUACCCUAUGUCACAUUGAGGACGGCUGGCAAGGUGCGAUCUGUGGCAUGGAUGCACAUAAGAGGGUCCAAGAAACUGCAUCUACUGGUGGGAACUAGUAACAACCUGAUUGAUGUGUAUGAAGUCGCGAUGAAGAGCAAGACCAAGAGCGAGGAGGUGCCGGAUUACUCUAGGUCACUCUCUGUUGAACUUCCAGGCCAUAGGAACGAUAUCCGCGCUCUUGCGCUUAGCUCGGACGACCGCAUGCUUGCGUCGGCAUGUAACGGAGGGCUGAAGAUAUGGAAUACGCGCACACAAACCUGCCUCAGGACUUUGGAGUGCGGGUACGCGUUGUGUUGUGCUUUUCUUCCCGGUGACAAGAUUGUCAUCGUAGGCACCAAGGAAGGCAAUCUGGAACUCUACGAUAUUGCUGCGUCAUCUCUCCUUGACACCAUUCCGGCGCACGAGGGAGCAGUGUGGACUCUGCAAGUGCACCCCGAUGGCAAAUCCGUUGUCAGUGGCAGCGCAGACAAGAGCGUCAAGUUUUGGAACUUCGAGAUCGUUCAAGAGGAAAUCCCAGGUACCAAGCGGACGACUCCUCGGCUCAAGCUGGUCCAGUCGCGAAUUCUGAAGGUCAACGACGACGUCCUCAGCGUUUGCUUCUCUCCUGACUCUCGACUGCUUGCAGUGUCAACAUUGGAUAAUACCGUAAAGGUAUUCUUCGUUGACUCGCUCAAGCUUUUCUUGAACCUUUACGGUCACAAGUUACCGGUCUUGAACAUGUCCAUCUCCAGCGACAGCAAACUCAUUGCCACCUGUAGCGCCGACAAGAACGUGCGGAUAUGGGGAUUGGACUUUGGUGACUGCCACAAAGCCUUGUUUGGUCACGAGGACAGCAUCAUGCAGAUUUCAUUCAUUGCUCAUCCGGUUCAGCAAGACGAGAAGCAUCUUUUCUUCAGCGCAAGUAAGGACAAGUUCGUCAAGAGCUGGGACGGCGACAAGUUUGAGCAGAUUCAAAAGCUCAAAGGACACCACGGUGAGAUAUGGGCAAUGGCAGUUUCGCGAACUGGAGAUUUUGUUGUUACAGCCUCGCACGAUAAGAGCAUUAGGAUAUGGACCCGGUCAGACGAACCCAUCUUUCUGGAAGAGGAACGGGAGCGCGAACUGGAGGAAAUGUACGAGAAGGCGCUUGCUACUUCCCUCGAGGACGAUGGACAGCUGGAGGGCCAGUCAGCCGAGGCGGUUGCGGCGUCUAACCAGACCAUCAGCACACUGACAGCGGGAGAACGGAUAGCAGAAGCGCUGGAGCUCGGUCUCGCAGAUUUGGAACUGGUGCGCGAAUGGGAGCUGCAGAAGAGGAGCAACCCGAAGCUCGCACCUCCACAACGAAAUCCGCUCUUCCUUGCGCUGGGCAACAUAAGCGCCGAACGGCACGUUCUCCAGGUCCUCGCGAGGAUACCGGCUGCGCAGUUGCACGAUGCGCUCCUCGUCCUCCCCUUCGCCACUCUGCCGGCGCUGUUCACGUUCAUUUCGAUAUGGGUGCAAAGACAGUGGAACGUGACGCUGACGUGCCGAGUUCUGUUCUUCAUGCUCAAGACGCAUCACAAGCAGAUAGUGGCGAGCAGGGAACUCAAAGGAAUGCUGGAGUCAAUGAGGGAGGACUUGAGACGCAUGUUGGGCAGCGUCAAGGACAUGAUUGGCUUCAAUAUCGCAGCCAUGAAGUUUGUGAGCGAGCGGGUAGAUGAGGCGGCCAUUGUCAGGCUCGAAGAUGUUGAAAAGGAGGACGGCAAAGUGGCGAAGAAGAGAGGAUUCGUCGACAUUGCAUGAAAGAGAUGCAAAAGCAUUGAGGUGGUGAAUGAUAGGCUAUGGAUAAUUCAAUUAAAGCAGUUGUGUGGCACGACUCUCGGC